AUGAGCGACCACGACGACGACAUGGAAGACGAAGACUUUGGUGGUGAAAACCUCGAAGAUGACGACCUGGAAGAAGAACGCCCAUCUCGCCCAUCAUCCGCUUCCAAACGCACAGGAGGAGCAGCAGCCUCAUCAGCAGCAGGAGCCCGUGAAUCCUUCAUCCCAGCCGACCGACGAGGCCUACGAGCAUGUCUCCUCUGCUCUAUAAUACAAAAGGAUAAAGAAUUCCGUCGUCAUGGGUGUCCCAACUGUGAAGAAGUACUCGCUAUGCGAGGAUCAGAUGAAAAAGUCGCUGAAUGCACGUCUACAAGAUUCGAGGGUAUGAUUGCCAUGCUGAAUCCCGAAAAGAGUUGGGUGGCGAGGUGGCAACGGGUGGAUAAAUUCACGAGGGGGCUGUAUGCCAUAAAGGUUAUUGGAGUGCUGCCUGAUGGGGUUGUGGAUGAUAUUGAAGCUGCUGGUAUCACUUAUAGUAGGCGUGACGGCACUGAAAUUGACUAA